AUGUCGGCUCCAUCGCCAUCUCCUCCCCAACCAAACCUCCUCCCUCCUCCUCCUCCUCCCCACUUCCGUCCUGACAAAGCCUCCUUCCUCCUCAAAACAUGCUCAAACUUCCCCCAACUCAAACAAAUCCACUCCAAAAUAAUCCGACACAACCUAACCAACGACCAGCUCCUCGCUCGUCACCUCAUAACCCUCUCUUCCUCCUUCGGACAAACCCAAUACGCUUCCCUCGUCUUCCGUAACAUCCACUCUCCUUCCACUUUCACUUGGAACCUCAUGAUAAGAUCCCUCUCCCUUAACCACAAACCUAAAGAAGCUCUCCUCAUCUUCAUCCUCAUGCUCACAAACCACUGUCAAUUCGAUAAAUUCACUUUCCCUUUCGUCAUCAAAGCUUGUCUCGCUUCUUCCUCACUUCGGUUCGGUACACAAGUCCACGGAUUAGCUAUCAAAACCGGUUUUUUCAAUGACGUGUUCUUACAGAACACUCUCAUGGAUCUUUAUUUUAAAUGUCGGGAAAUUGAUUAUGCACGUAAGGUGUUCGACGAAAUGCCUGGACGGAGUAUUGUUUCCUGGACGACGAUGCUUUACGGUUUAGUCUCUAACGGAAGGUUAGAUGAAGCUGAGAUUGUGUUCAGACGAAUGCCGACGAGGAAUGUCGUCUCGUGGACCGCGAUGAUCGAUGCUUAUGUUAAGAAUCGGAGACCCGACGAGGCGUUUCAGCUUUUCAGGAGGAUGCAGGUUGAUAAUGUGAGGCCUAAUGAGUUUACGGUGGUUAGUAUGUUGCAAGCUUCGACUCAGAUUGGGAGUUUGUCUAUGGGGAGAUGGGUUCAUGACUAUGCUCAUAAGAAUGGGUUUUUGCUUGAUUGUUUUCUUGGGACUGCUUUGAUUGAUAUGUAUAGUAAAUGUGGGAGUUUGGAGGAUGCGAGGAGGGUUUUUGAUGUGAUGGAGAGUAAGAGUUUAGCGACUUGGAACUCGAUGAUUACUAGCUUGGGGGUUCAUGGUUUGGGGGAGGAAGCUUUGUCUGUUUUUGAAGAGAUGGAAGGUGAAGAUGGGGUGGAACCGGAUGGUAUUACUUUUGUUGGUGUUUUGUCUGCUUGUGCGAACACUGGGAAUGUGAAAGAUGGUUUGAGGUAUUUUAUACGGAUGAUUCAUUUUUAUGGUAUCACACCUAUUCAAGAACAUAGUUCAUGUAUGAUCCAAUUGUUGGAGCAAGCUUUGGAAGUGAACAAAGUUUCGAACUAUGUUGAUUCUUUGGAUUCUUCUGAUCCGAACCUUAACACUUCAUUUGAAGUUGAAAGCACUGAUAGAGUGGAUGAACGGUACGAGAAUUGGAGCCAGCAUCCAAUUACGUUCUCCAAAUGGGAUGCAGACUGAUUUUGAAGGUUAAGUGUCUCUUGGCAUAUAUUUCUUUUUCCUCUUUUAAACAGAUUCAUUUGCAAUCUUGUUUUUAGCUCUCAUGUUUACUUGAAAAUGUCCCAUAAUUGUAGAACUUAGAAAAUUGAAGUACAAUCUUUGUAACUAUACAAGUAUAGUUCAUGUCUUAGCUCUCAUGUUUACUUGAAAAUGUCCAAUAAUUGUAGAACUUAGAAAAUUGAAGU